UCAGUCUGUUCUCACUGUGGAGCUCCUUCUGCUCUAAUGCUGAGACAAGAAGAUAAGAACAGUGACCUAAAGAGCGUAAAUGAAGUGGAACAAAGCUCCUGGGGUCCAGCAGCGGAGGCUCUCACUGAUCAAACACCAGGACUGCACGGGUACCAGGAGCUGUGCUGCCUUCAGGGACGGCUCGUAAAUCCAAAAGCACAGAGUCUUUCAGCUAUGGAGCGUCUGAAGUUGGUCCUGCAGUACUUCCAGUCCAACUCUGAGUUCAUCUCUAACGGUAUCUGUAUCAUCCUGGCCCUGGUCAGCGUUAAGCUGUACACCAGCUUUGACUUUAACUGUCCGUGCCUCCCUCAGUACAACAAACUGUACUCUCUGGGCGUGAUGAUCGUCCCGCCCAUCAUCCUCUUCUUCCUGGGUGUCCUGGUCAACAGACAUACAGGCGUCAUGAUGGACGAGUGGAUGAGACCUGUGGGGAACAGACACAAAAAUCCUGCCAUCGUUAAGUACCUGUUCUCAGCCAUGAUCCAGAGGGCCCUGCUGGCUCCAAUGGUGUGGAUCCUGGUCACCCUGCUGGAUGGGAAAAUCUUCGUCUGUGCCUUCAGCGUGAGCGUAGACCCUGCGCUCUUCUCAGGACUGCCCAACAACACAGGUCUGGAUGUGAUCAAAAUCAUGGCCAAAGUCCCCUGUAAAGAGGACGUUAUCUUCAAUAACAGCUCUUUCCGCAAAGCAGUUUCCCGCUACGUCCGCUUUUACUCCCAGGCGAUCGGCUGGUCCAUCCUCCUCUUCCUCAUCGUCCUGGGAUCAGUGGGGCGUCUGGUCAAACCCUGCAUCGACGACCACGGCACCUUCCUGCAGACACGCUACUGGAGCAACUACCUGGACGUGGAGCAGAAGCUCUUUGAUGAAACCUGCGUCCUGCACGCUCGGGACUUUGCCCGUAAAUGUGUUGUGCAGUUCUUUGAGGACAUGAGAGAGGACGUGGUGAUCCGACUGCCCUACCCAGCCUUCAUCACCAACACCCGAGAGGAGUGGGAGGAUGAGGAGGAGGAGAGACUUCAUGGGAUAUCCAGACAGGAGCAGAUGGACCAGCUGCUCAACAAGUGGUACUACUGUAAACCAGAACUGGACGUCACUAGGAUGGCACACAGACCCAGAGCAUGUGUCACCUGGGAGGACCGCCAUGGGAAGACUUUAUUCUCCGACAUCUGAACUCAGUGAACCCAAAUAGUCAAACAUUCAAGGAUUUGUUCAAGAAAGCCUCCUAGUCAGAGCCCUGUUAGUGAAGCAAGGAUUGUGCCAUUCCAACUGUUCUGGGAGGGUUAAAUAUCUCCUUUGUUCAUAGAUUUGCCAUUUUUCUCCAAAUAAUCAUGACUCACAGCCUAUCUGAGAACAAAGUUCAACUUUUUAAUACUAAAUGU